UCGGGCAGUUGCUCGGGCAGAGACCGGGGGAAGAAUAGAUAUUGGCAGGUGCUGGGGGGGCCGGUGCUCGUGAAGUUGUCGACUUGUUAGUUUUGCCCGUGCGGUUGUUAGUGUUGCUCUCGUCCCUCUCCUCCUCCUCCCCCCCCCGCCCCCAUCGCCAACUUGCGUCUCGUCUUUCGUCUUCUCCAUCCUUUUCUAUCCCAUCGCCCUUUCCCAUUUCUCCCUGUCUAUCUCCUUUGAAUCCGUUGCAUCUUUUUGCCUCACAUUUGUAUUACCCAUCUUCCCUUCAUUUCCAGAGAGAGCGCCCGUGGGGCCCGACUCCUCGCGGUCCCAGUGGCCCUCCCUACCGUGUCGUCAGCAGCGCUCCUCUCCCCGCUCGCUCAUCACCUCCAUCCCCCAUCUUAACGGUUUCCAAACUAGCAACGGAGGCUGUCACAAUGUCUUCGGCUCCAAGGCGCACUGCGUCAACCUCUUCAAGACCCUCGCGACCGGCCGCUCAAUCGGAACUCCCGCAUCGCACGAGAAGCGUGGCCGUCCGAUCGUCCAACUCUUCCCAGCCCCCUCCACAAACUCAUUAUGCGCAUUCAAAAGCUCCUUCGCAGGAUCAUCGUCCGCCGGCCAAUUAUGCGGCUCUGGAUAGCAUAGCCCGCCAGGACGUCGAUGCCAAGUCUCGCCGCGACCGUGAUGUCUCCGCUGAGCGUCCGGCCACUGCACGGACCGAAUCUACCCGGAGACACCACCAAAGAACCUCAUCUACGCAGCCGCGUGAGACCGAGCUGGCCUCAGGGGAGACUGCGCAAGCGCCUGCGCCUGGGACCCAUGGACAAUCCAAUGCGCCCGCCCAGCCCAAGCGGCGAACCACAAUUACCACUCCCACCGGGAAUUGGGCGUUGGGGAAGACAAUUGGCGCUGGUAGUAUGGGUAAAGUGAAGCUGGCGAAGAAUAUCGAAACUGGAGAACAGGUUGCUGUCAAGAUCGUUCCUCGUCUAUCAACCGAAGAGCAUAAAUCAUCACGCGAAACCGAGAGGGCAGACCGCUCGAAGGAGAUUCGGACUGCAAGAGAAGCUGCCAUUGUGUCUCUCGUGAACCACCCAUAUAUCUGUGGCAUGAGAGAUGUGGUCCGGACCACGUAUCACUGGUACAUGCUUUUCGAAUAUGUGAACGGGGGUCAAAUGCUAGACUACAUCAUCUCUCACGGAAAAUUGAAGGAGAAACAGGCGCGCAAAUUUGCCCGACAAAUCGCUAGUGCGCUGGAUUAUUGCCAUCGCAACAGCAUCGUCCAUCGCGAUUUGAAGAUUGAGAACAUUUUGAUCAGCAAGACCGGCGAUAUCAAAAUCAUCGAUUUCGGUCUGAGCAACCUCUUUUCACCUCGAAGCCUGCUCAAAACUUUCUGUGGAAGUCUUUACUUUGCGGCCCCCGAGCUGCUUCAAGCGAGACAAUACACGGGCCCGGAAGUGGAUGUAUGGAGUUUCGGUAUUGUCUUGUAUGUGUUGGUUUGCGGAAAGGUACCUUUCGAUGAUCAGAGUAUGCCUCAGCUCCAUGCAAAAAUCAAGAAGGGUGUCGUGGAAUAUCCCCCCGGUCUCACCACUGAAUGCCGUCACAUUAUCUCCCGCAUGCUUGUCACAGACCCGAAGCAGCGUGCCAGCUUGGCCGAAAUUAUGGCCCAUCCAUGGAUGAACAAGGGCUUCAGCGCUCCACCGGAGAACUACCUUCCUGUUCGCGAACCUCUGCAGCUUCCAUUGGAUCAGGAGGUGAUUGAGAAAAUGACCGGCUUUGAUUUCGGUCCUCCAGACUACAUCACUGCCCAGUUGACCAAGACUCUGGAGUCCGAGGAUUAUCAACAUGCGUUGCGCCUCAACUUCCGUGAACAACCCCCGCCCAACCAGGCAGAGAAGAAGCGGGGUGUGUUCGACUUCUACAAGCGGCGCAACUCUGCCGCAAGCCGAGACACCUUGUCCGCACCUUCUGCCGAGGCUAUCCAGUUAGGCAAUGACCCAUUGAACGCUUACAGUCCCUUGAUAUCUGUCUACCAUCUUGUGAAGGAGAAGCUUGAUCGGGAACGAGCCGAAGCCCGGCCUGGGGCUCUUGGCCUCCGUCAGACCCCUGGUGAUGUACAAGUUCUUGGGCUUACACCUCCGGAAGCUGCUCACACCAACCAGUACCAGUUACCGGGCGAAAGGGAUACCGGCCGUCGUUCUCGUCCUCGUGCCAGGACCCAUGGCGAGGACGAAGUUACGGAGACACUGAAGAGCCACCACGCGGCGUCCCCAUCUGCACAUGCGUUCCCCAACGCAACACAGCUCGAUACCCCCAAGAAGGAAAGCACCGCCGUUGGUAUUCUACGGCGCUUCAGUACUCGCCGAACCAAGGACCGCAGUCGUGAUGUCGAACGGGAGCGCAUCAGCACUCCAAACACCCCUACUCUCAAUGUCCAGCCCCCUGCCGAUUCAGCUUCGCCGAUGCAUCGUGGCUUCAGUGUGCGACGCACACGACGGGCCGAGCCGUCUCCCGGCCCUGUCCCCCAUAGUGGUAGUCAACCGCAGCAAGAUCUGCUGACUGCCCCGAGUUCUGGUGAGCAGUCUUCGCAGUCGAACAAGUUCCUUGGCCGAUCGACCAGUGUCAACUCCGCCGAUUACCGAACUCGAAGGGCCGCUCGGAGGAAUGAUGCCGAUUCCUUGGACGUUGACCGUCAGCCUCCGUCAACGAGUGGCUCGGAUCAGUUUGGACCCGAGAAUCAGAGAGAACAGCUUGGUGUCAAGAGUGGUGGACGCACGCAUACAGCACGCACUAUGUCGCUUGGCCAUGCCCGUCGUGAAAGCAUCCAGGCACGUCGCGCUCGUCGUGAAGCUACUCUAGAGGCCAACGUGCCAGAGGAGACUGACGCAGAUAUCUCGGGCGCAGGGACUGCUUUGGAAAGUGCCAACGAAGGAGAGGACCUGUCCAAGCCCGUUUAUCUCAAGGGUCUCUUCAGUGUCUCGACUACCAGUAGCAAGCCCUUGUCGGUCAUUCGCGCUGAUAUCAUUCGAGUGCUGAAGCAGCUUGCUGUGGACUAUGUCGAGAUCAAGGGCGGGUUCAGCUGCCGACAUGCUCCAAGCAUCGACCUUGAGAAGGUGAUAGAUGUCAGCCCACCCAGCCCGGACCGCCAGGGCCAGGUAUCCCACCGUCGCCGAAUCAGCUUUGGUGGACUCCUUGGGCAUGAUGACAGCCGAGAUGACAGUCGCCCAUCACACUCCAAGCUGCAACGCCGAACCCAAGGCCAACCAGACCGCAGCUUCACCACAAACUCGGAUCCCUCAGAUGAGUACGUUGCCCGUGAACCGUCUACCAGUGUUGCUGUUGGUGAUCGCGUGGUUGGUGAAACUACGACUCGUGUCCAGAGUGACACUGGGGAGAACUUGAUUUUGCGAUUUGAAAUUCUCAUUGUCAAGGUCCCUCUGUUCUCACUUCACGGCAUCCAGUUCAAGAAGGUCUCCGGCGGUAUGUGGCAGUAUCGCGAGAUGGCGAAGAAGAUCCUCGAUGCCCUGCGCCUGUGAUUUGGGAGUUUCCACCCAUGCGGGCCAUAAGCGUCAUACCUCGUGAAUUCUUAAGAUGAACAUAUGAGUAUCCUUGUUUGGAAACGACCCCUUUAUGUCUUCUUUCUUUCCUAAUCUUCACCCCGUGAUUUUGCAUCAUCUUCCCCGGUACAUUGACCAACGUCGUAUCCACACGAGCGAUCCUAAUCAUUCUCCAUGUUUAUCCCUCGCAUGCAUUAUUCAUAUGACUUUCCCCUGUUUUUCUCAUCUAUUAGCCCCAUUGUUCCGCUCUGCAUCUUCCUCUUGUCACCCUCGUCUCAGCUGUUUAGCAUGUAUUGUUGGACUAGAUAGACCUCCCUCUUCUGCUCGGUCUUAUGAUGUACCCUAAGAGUCUAGCGAAGACGCCUUGUGGAUGCCAGUACUUUGUUCUUUCUUCUUUCUUUUUUCUUUUUACCUUCUUAUAUUAUAUUGAGUUAGGUUCUUGGCUGAGGGACUGAGGAUUUCAAUUCAGUCUUUGAUCUGGGGCAGGAUAAGGGAAUGGAGUUGUAUGGUAUGUGGAUAUUUGAUUAGGUGUUUCUCUAUUAUGGCUGCGGAAAAUACGAGAUCCGUUUCCGGGCGAUGAAGUACCAUUCUGCCGGUCAAAAGUUUCAUUGUUGAUGUCGACUGUCAUGCUUAGGUUUGAAGAGGAGAAGCUGAUUAGUAUCGAAAUAAAGCUACGAUGAGAAAGAAUUAAU